AAAUGUGAAGGUUGGUGGUGUACGACCGCAUCGUCUCUUCUCUCUCUCUCUCUCUCUCUCGAAGACACAGUGAGUGUUCGAGUGUGAGAGGAGGAAGAAGAGCCAAAUUAGUUCACGCGCCACUCAGAGAGUUUGCUGUAGUAGUUUCACGACCACACAGAGAUGCUAUUACUGCUCUCCCACCUCCUCUUCGUCUUCCUCUUCCGCCCAUCCGCGGCGGGGGCGGCCGCCGGCGCCGUCUACGCCGAGGAGCACCAUGCCCUACUCUCCAUCAAGUCCCAACUCUCCGACCCCGGCGCCGCCCUCACCGCCUGGGACCCCGCCACCGACCACUGCGCCUGGCCCGGCGUCACCUGCGACCGCGCCGCCGUCGUGGAGCUCGACCUCUCCGGGCGCAACCUCUCCGGUCCCCUCUCCCCCGCCUUCGGCAGCCUCCGCUCCCUCCUCCGCCUCUCGGCCGCCGAAAACUCCCUCUCCGGCCCCAUCCCCCCGGCUCUGGCCCUCCUCACCGUCCUCCGCCACCUCAACCUCUCCAACAACCUCUUCGAUGGCUCCUUCCCCCCCGCCCUCGCCGGCCUCGCUGAUCUCCGUGUCCUCGACCUCUACAACAACAAUCUCACCGGGCCCCUCCCCCGCGAGGUGGCGGCGCUUCACCAGCUCCGCCACCUUCACCUCGGUGGCAACUUCUUCUCCGGCUCCAUCCCCUCGGAGUACGGCCGCUGGCAGUUCCUCGAGUACCUCGCCGUCUCCGGCAACGAGCUCGGCGGACCGAUCCCGCCGGAGAUCGGCAACCUCUCCUCGCUCCGUGAGUUGUACAUCGGCUACUACAACAGCUACGAGGGCGGUCUUCCGCCGGAGAUCGGCAACCUGUCCACCCUGCUGCGCCUGGACGUCGCCAACUGCGGCCUCUCCGGCCGCAUCCCGCCCGAGAUCGGAAACCUCCGGAUCCUCGACUCCCUCUUCCUCCAGGUGAACGGCCUCGUCGGCGAGAUCCCGCUGGAGCUCGGCCGCCUCAGGAGCCUCAAGUCGAUGGACCUCUCUAACAAUGCCCUCACCGGAGAGAUCCCGCCGAGCUUUGCUGACCUCGGAAACCUCACCCUUCUCAACCUCUUCCGCAACAAGCUCUUCGGCGCCAUCCCGGAGUUCGUCGGCGAUCUCCCCGAGCUCGAGGUGCUCCAGCUAUGGGAGAACAACUUCACCGGGAGUGUCCCUCGCCGGCUCGGCAAGAACGGCCGCCUUCAGUCCCUAGACCUUUCGUCGAACAAGCUCACCGGAUCGCUCCCCCCGGAUCUCUGCUACGGCAACAAGCUCCAAACUUUGAUCGCGCUGGGGAACUUCCUCUUCGGCCCGAUACCGGAGUCCCUUGGCCGCUGCAAAUCCUUGAGCCGCAUCAGAAUGGCGGAGAACUACCUCAACGGAAGCAUUCCGAGAAGCCUCUUUAGCUUGCCCAAUCUGUCUCAGGUUGAGCUCCAGGACAAUCUCCUCACCGGCGGCUUCCCGGAUACUGGGCGUUCCCCAAUAUCUCCAAAUCUUGGGCAGAUUUGUCUGUCCAACAACCGGCUCACCGGCCCUCUGCCACCGUCCAUCGCCAACUUUUUCGGCCUUCAGAAGCUGCUGCUGAACCAGAACUCGUUCACCGGCAGUAUCCCACCGGAGGUCGGGAGGUUGCAGCAGCUCUCGAAGCUGGACUUCAGUGGCAACCGGUUUGCCGGCCCAAUCACUCCCGAGAUCAGCAAGUGCAAGCUGCUGACUUUUGUCGAUCUUAGCAGGAACGAACUGUCUGGCGACAUUCCCGAAGAGAUUGCGGCGAUGCGCAUCUUGAAUUACCUCAAUCUGUCGAGGAAUCAUCUCGAGGGCCAAAUCCCGGCGGCCAUCUCCACAAUGCAGAGCCUGACGCAGGUGGACUUCUCUUACAACAACCUCUCCGGCGUCGUCCCAGGCACCGGCCAGUUUAGCUACUUCAACGCCACUUCCUUCGUCGGCAACCCGGACCUCUGCGGCGCUUAUCUCGGGCUAUGCCGACCUGGCAUCUCCAAUGCAGGACAUUCGGCUGGCGCCAAAGGCUCCCUCUCAGCCUCCUCCAAGCUUCUGCUUGUCAUUGGCCUUCUUCUCUGUUCUGCUGCUUUUGCCAUCGCCGCCCUCUUCAAGGCCCGAUCUUUGAAGAAAGCGAGCGAGGCUCGUGCGUGGAAGCUCACCGCGUUCCAGCGGCUUGAAUUCACUUGCGAUGAUGUGUUGAACUGUUUGAAGGAGGAAAACAUCAUAGGCAAAGGAGGGGCUGGGAUAGUUUACAAGGGUGUCAUGCCCAAUGGUGAACAGGUUGCGGUGAAGAGGCUCCCUGCGAUGAGUCGGGGAGGAUUGUCGCACGACCAUGGGUUCAAUGCGGAGAUACAGACUCUGGGGAGGAUCCGCCACCGGAACAUUGUAAGGCUGCUGGGCUUUUGCUCGAACCACGAGACCAAUUUCCUGGUCUAUGAGUACAUGCCUAAUGGGAGCCUUGGGGAGGUUCUCCAUGGGAAGAAGGGUGGGCAUUUGCAUUGGGACACAAGGUAUAAGAUUGCGGUGGAGGCAGCCAAGGGUCUCUGCUACCUCCAUCAUGAUUGCUCGCCAUUGAUCCUCCACCGGGAUGUCAAGUCCAACAAUAUUCUCUUGGAUUCCAACUUUGAAGCUCAUGUGGCUGAUUUUGGACUGGCCAGGUUCUUGCAGGACUCGGGCACCUCCGAAUGCAUGUCUGCUAUUGCCGGUUCUUAUGGUUACAUAGCUCCAGAGUAUGCUUACACCCUUAAGGUGGAUGAGAAGAGCGAUGUUUACAGCUUCGGAGUGGUGCUUCUGGAACUGGUAACGGGGAGGAAGCCCGUUGGUGAAUUUGGCGAUGGGGUUGACAUUGUUCAAUGGGUUAGAGAGGUGACAGGCUUGAAGAAGGGAGAGGUGACCAAGAUCUUGGACCCGAGGCUUCCGACGGUUCCCCUCCACGAGGUGAUGCAUGUGUUUUGUGUCGCAAUGCUCUGCGUGGAGGAGCAGAGCGUCGAGCGGCCUACGAUGAGGGAAGUUGUUCAAAUCCUAACGGAGCUCCCAAAACCACCACCAAAGCAGGGAGGAGACACUCCCACUCCCAGAGGUGAUGUGUCGGCGCUGCGAUAUAUCAUCCACGAAACUAGAGAGCAGCAACAGCAACCAGCUUCAGAUUCACUCCCAUCAGAUCUCCUUAGCAUGUAAUGCACCAGAAGUUUGAGGUUUGCUUCACGAGUAUCGUUUCCUUGGCUUUCGAUUGCUUGAUCUGUAGCUAUAAGAAAGGUUAUUUAGGUUGUUGCAAUGCAUGUAUAGCUAAAUUGGUGAGUUAUUUUGCCUUCUAUA